AUGAUCAAAUUAGAAAACAAAGCUUCCAAAAUCUUAUGUACUUAACAUCAAAAAAGCAUCUAAUUUAUUACUCUAUCCAAAUCUUCAAAUCCUAAAUUACUCUGUUAAAAAUGCACUUAAAAAAAUAAAAUUUCUAUCAAUCAAGCUUCAUAAUUACUUAUGGAUAUCAAUUAAGACCAUCCCUUAAAUUAUCAUAUCAAAGAACUACAAAAAUAAUAUGAAAAUUUAAGAAAAGAAAUUAAAACUAAAGUAGAUGAAUUACUUGAUGAAACUGAAGAUUGUCUUAAUAGUCUAAUCAAUCAUAAAUUAAAUGAUAAAUAAAUUUAGCAUUAUUUAUAUGAUGAUAAAUUAUAUGAAUAAGAUUUUGACAAAUUACAUGAAAUUUUAUGCAAGUAUUAUGAUUUUGAAUAAGACAAUCAAAUAAUUGCUAAAAUUCCAUCUACUGAUAUGCAUAAUAUUUAUUAAGUUUAAUAAAAAUGUUAGAAAAUUGCUUCAAUUGUUAAGGCUUUCUAUAAAUCCUAAUAUCAUUAAAGACUUGGAACUUAACAAAGUCAAGAAAAUUUAAUUACAUAAGUUCCACCUAAAAUAAAUAAUAAACCAGAAAAAAUAUUUGAUUAAGAUAAAACUGAUGAAAUCAAAAAUAAAGGUUUAUUUUCAAUAAAAGAAGAAAUUACAACAAAUUCUGUUUGCAAUUGUAUUGCUUUAAAUAAAACUGCUUCAUUAAUAGUAUGUGGUAUGUAAGGAAAUAACAAUGAAGAUAAUCUUGUUUUACUUUAGUAGAAAGAAGAAGGAUAUAAAGAAUUUUAGACUCUGGAAGGUCAUGUUGGAUCUGUAAAUGCUGUGUGUUUUGGUCAUAUUAGUAAUACAAUUGUAUCAGCAGGAGAGGAUAAAACUAUUAGAAUUUGGAAAGAAUAUUUAUAAAGUAAAGAGAAAGAAAAGAAAUAUUAUAAUUGUAAAUAAAUCAUUAAUGAAGCUCAUAAUAUUGAUAUUCAUUGUUUGUGUUUCAAUUAAUUAAAUAACUUAUUAGCUUCAGGUUGUCAAGAAGGAAAUAUAAAAAUUUGGAUUGAAGUAGAAGAUAUAUGGAUUAAUUCCUAGAUUUUAAUCAUUCAUACUUAAUGGGUAAAAUCAUUAAGUUUUAAUUAUGAUUCUACUUUUUUAGUGUCAGGAAGUGGAGAUAAAUUAAUUUGUGUUUGGAAUUUAAAUGAAGAUUGGGAGCAUUUUUAAACUAUUACAGAACAUGCAAAUUUAAUUACAUGUGUUAAUUUUGCAUAAAAUGAAAAUACAUUUGUAAGUGGUUCUGAAGAUCAAACAAUUAAAAUUUGGAAUUAUUAACAAAAUCAAUCAAAUCCUAAAUUCAUUUGCAUCUAAUAAUUGGAAGGAGGAUAUUACAUUAGAUCAGUUUAUUUUAAUUACAAUUCUUUACUUUUAGUUUCUGGAUCUUAUAGUAGUAUUAAAGUUUGGGUUAAAAAUCAUGGAGGUUAAUUCAUAUUGAAUUAAUAAAAAUAUUUUGAUUCACGAUAAGUAUUACUCUCUGAAAAUUCCAAAUCAUUGUUUUCAAUAAAUAGAUUCAGCUUAGGCAUUAAAAUGUUUAGAAUAAAAGAAAAAAAUAAAAAAAAUAAUAUAAAACUCAAAUCUUGA